CUCACGAUUGGCUGAGCAAACAGACUGGUCGUGAAGCAAAGGUUCGUGGAUAUAAACAACAGUUCCACAGUACGACAUCCAGUAACCCUAGUUAAACUAAUGGUAUACUGUGCGUCGUCCGAGUAACCAUAUUUUCUUUGCAACAUAUCCGAUACAAGGGCAGACAUGAGGUUCUGCUGUCCUCUUCUGCUCUGCCUGGCAGCAGCCCUGUCCUCUGCCUUUGUGAUUUCACCUCCACAAAUGUGGACCAAACUGAUCCUGACCCACCACUGGCCAAGUACCUUCUGUAGUAUAGAACACUGUCAUCCCAACAUUAGCUACUGGACACUACAUGGACUCUGGCCAGAUAAAGGGAUUGACUGCAAUUCAUCAUGGCAUUUCAACGCUUCUCAAAUCGAGGACUUGCUUCCAGAGAUGAAGAAGAGUUGGCCUGACUUGCUUCAUCCCUUGUCUGCUGGAUUCUGGAAGUAUGAGUGGCACAAACACGGUACAUGUGCAGCCAAAGCAGAAUCUCUGAACAGUCAGCAUAAAUACUUCAGCAAGGCACUGGAACUAUACCACAAAGUGGAUCUGAACAGUAUCCUGAAGAGGUUUAACAUCACCCCUUCAGAAAAAUACUACUCAUUUUCACAAAUUGAAGGAGCGAUAGAGAACUCCUACGGUGCCAAACCAAAGAUCCAAUGUGCCCAUCCAUCAAAGGAUGCUGAUGUCCAGGUUUUGGGGCAAAUUGAGAUCUGUUUUAACCCUGACUUCGCCAUCCUGGACUGUGAGAAACAGCUUACCAUGGAAACCAUAUCUAAGGGAGGCUGGGACAAGCCUCUGGCUGUUGACAAAACAUCAGGGUUCAGUGUGUGUGACCAUGAUACACCAGUAUACUACCCACCUCUUUCAUAAAACACAUACACAUGCAAAGUGAAAUGUGACCCCCAAAAAAAAAAACAUACUUCACACACAUGCUGUAUUAUUUGUUUACCAGUCAACUGUACUGUCAUUUAGCAUGCACACACACUUUUAUUUUUCUCAGGUUUCAGGUUGAUAAUGUUUGUUAAAUAUAUUUCUAUGUUAUCAGUGCAGUCUGAAAACAGUUUCGAACUGCAUGAACAUUUUGGCUGGGACAGGUACUUGAAAAAAAAAUCACCUAUAUGUGCAUUGUUCUUUUUAUACCCUACAAAAACCAGGACACACACACAUACACACACACUUGCUCCACUACUACUUAGUGCUUUAAUGGAAUUAUGUCCCUUCCUGACCCCUACUAGUAGAUGAAUCCGAUCCACAGCUCAACAGGAGGCAUCAUGGUGAGUUCAGGUCAGGCAGAUGGGCAGACAGACAGGCAGUUUACUGUCUGUAUAUCUUGUUGGUACAUGAGUGGAGCUUUUUGUCGUUUAUUAUGAAUUCACUAUUGAAAUGAGGACUUUUUAGACAAGUGCCAUCAUUUUUAAACUAAAACUGCUGCUUUGCAACAGCAUCUACUUCUUUCAGUCAUUAUAAACUAACGAUAGCUAUCAUCAGCUGCCUUCUGAUAUUUGCCAAGUACAUCAGCCAUUUUUUAAUGUGCUGUAGGCCUUGUUAGGUCUGUGUCUGCGUUGCUGAAAGAGGUCUCUUAGUGACAUUUCUGAGGUUACACAAUAGUUUAUACACAGUUCCUCUUAGUAGAUGAGUCUCGAAACUCUUGACACACCUCAUAUGCAACACACAAAAUAUCAACAUGAGUUUAUUAUGCACCAUUUUUGCCUGUACAGAUAAAAUGCUUGCUUGUCAAGGAUUUAACACUAUUAAUCCCCCAAUGAUUUGUACUGUGAUUUGUUUCUGUUGUUUGAGGUUUGGAAUCUUUGUGUAUAGAUAAAUGAGUCUAAGCUGAAAGGUGGAUGAUCAUUGUGGACAAAUGCUGUAACUGAGGGAAAACAUUUGCACUUCGCAUCAUUUUUUAAAUGUCAAUAAAACAUUCAAUAUGUA